AUGGAGCCCGGCCGGGCUCAGCCCAAAGAGGAGACCUGCCGAGGGAGGGGGCCCUGGCAGUCCGAUCCUCGGUUGCAGAAACUGGUUCUUGGGAUGUGGAAUGUCACCUUUCUAGUGGGGAAGGAGCCGGAGCUAGUGUGUGAGGUUGAGAGGUUCCAGCUAGAAAUAGUAGGUCUCACCUCGGUCUCACAUGGCUCUGGUUCUGGAAUCAGUCUCCUUGAGAUGGGCUGGAUAUUCUUCCUCUCUGGAGUUGCCCACGGUGAGAGGCAUCGGGCAGGAGUGGGCAUACUUGUUGCUCCCCAUCUCAGCACCUGUAUGUUGGGGUUUACCCCGGUGAAUGAGAGGGGGCCAAACAACAGCUCAGAUUACCCAGCCUUCUUGGAGUACUUAGAAGGGAAGCCGUUUUCAUGUGUGACUUGUGGAAAAAGUUUUAUUCAAAAACUGCAUUUAACUCGGCACAUGAUGAUUCACACUGGUGAAAAGCCUUUUUCAUGUGUGACUUGUGGAAAAUGUUUUCCUCAAAAACAGACUUUAACUCAGCACAUGAUGAUUCACACAGGUGAAAAGCCUUUUUCAUGUGUGAACUGUGGAAAAAGUUUUAGUCAUAAACCGACUUUAACUCAGCACAUGAUGAUUCACACUGGUGAAAAGCCUUUUUCAUGUGUGAACUGUGGAAAAAGUUUUAUUCAAAAACUGCAGUUAACUCAGCACAUGAUGAUUCACACUGGUGAAAAGCCGUUUUCAUGUGUGACUUGUGGAAAAAGUUUUAUUCAAAAACUGCAUUUAACUCGGCACAUGAUGAUUCACACUGGUGAAAAGCCGUUUUCAUGUGUGACUUGUGGAAAAAGUUUUAUUCAAAAACUGCAUUUAACUCAGCACAUGAUGAUUCACACUGGUGAAAAGCCGUUUUCAUGUGUGAACUGUGGGAAAGGUUUUAGUCAUAAACCGACUUUAACUCAGCACAUGAUGAUUCACACUGGUGAAAAGCCUUUUUCAUGUGUGAACUGUGGAAAAAGUUUUACUCAAAAACAGACUUUAACUCAGCACAUGAUGAUUCACACUGGUGAAAAGCCGUUUUCAUGUGUGAACUGUGGAAAAGGUUUUAUUCAAAAACUGCAGUUAACUCAGCACAUGAUGAUUCACACUGGUGAAAAGCCGUUUUCAUGUGUGACUUGUGGAAAAAGUUUUAUUCAAAAACUGCAUUUAACUCGGCACAUGAUGAUUCACACUGGUGAAAAGCCUUUUUCAUGUGUGACUUGUGGAAAAAGUUUUCCUCAAAAACAGACUUUAACUCAGCACAUGAUGAUUCACACAGGUGAAAAGCCUUUUUCAUGUGUGAACUGUGGAAAAAGUUUUAGUCAUAAACUGACUUUAACUCAGCACAUGAUGAUUCACACUGGUGAAAAGCCUUUUUCAUGUGUGAACUGUGGAAAAAGUUUUACUCAAAAACACACUUUAACUCAGCACAUGAUGAUUCACACUGGUGAAAAGCCGUUUUCAUGUGUGAACUGUGGAAAAGGUUUUAUUCAAAAACUGCAGUUAACUCAGCACAUGAUGAUUCACACUGGUGAAAAGCCGUUUUCAUGUGUGACUUGUGGAAAAAGUUUUAUUCAAAAACUGCAUUUAACUCGGCACAUGAUGAUUCACACUGGUGAAAAGCCGUUUUCAUGUGUGACUUGUGGAAAAAGUUUUAUUCAAAAACUGCAUUUAACUCAGCACAUGAUGAUUCACACUGGUGAAAAGCCGUUUUCAUGUGUGAACUGUGGGAAAGGUUUUAGUCAUAAACCGACUUUAACUCAGCACAUGAUGAUUCACACUGGUGAAAAGCCUUUUUCAUGUGUGAACUGUGGAAAAAGUUUUACUCAAAAACCGACUUUAACUCAGCACAUGAUGAUUCACACUGGUGAAAAGCCGUUUUCAUGUGUGAACUGUGGAAAAGGUUUUAUUCAAAAACUGCAGUUAACUCAGCACAUGAUGAUUCACACUGGUGAAAAGCCGUUUUCAUGUGUGACUUGUGGAAAAAGUUUUAUUCAAAAACUGCAUUUAACUCGGCACAUGAUGAUUCACACUGGUGAAAAGCCUUUUUCAUGUGUGACCUGUGGAAAAAGUUUUACUCAUAAACAGUAUUUAACUCGGCACAUGAUGAUUCACACUGGUGAAAAGCCGUUUUCAUGUGUGACCUGUGGAAAAAGUUUUACUCAUAAACAGUAUUUAACUCGGCACAUGAUGAUUCACACUGGUGAAAAGCCGUUUUCAUGUGUGAAAUGUGGAAAACGUUUUCGUUACAAAGUUAGUUUAACUCACCACAUGAGGCAUCACACAAAUGAAAAGCUAUAGAAGUAUUUUCCAUACAUGAUCCACACAGUGGUUUUAUAGAGACUUCACCUGCUGUAUGUGAAAGCUUUUUGCACGUUUUUGAUGAGAAAGUUGGUUCUAUUAAGGCCCAGAUCAUUCCCUCUGCUUAUGACCCUUCAGUCUUUGUGCGUUGUUCUGCUGUUUUACAGCUUUGAAUGUGUUACUUUGCAGUUAUUGCAGGAGGUGGUUGGUCACUUAAGGCCAACUGGUUCUCCAGAUGAUGUUAUUCCACCCCAAUUAUUUAAAGAUGUUUUUCUUACUAUAGGUCCUUCUGUCCUUGUUCUUGUAAAUAACAGCUUGUCCUCAGGUGUUGUUCCUAAAAUUCUGAAACAUGCAGUUUUGCAGCCUCUACUUAAGAAACCAAUUUUGGAUCCUUCUGUUCUGGUGAAUUAUAGACCUAUCUCUAAACUGCCUUUUAUUUCAAAAAUUCUUGAGAAGGUAGUCUAUAAUCAGCUAAUGGCUUAUCUUAAUGAACAUAACAUUUUAGAGGUCUUUCAGUCCUGUUUUAGACCAUUUCAUAGCACAGAGUCAGCUCUUUCUAAAGUUUUUAAUGAUAUACUUUUAGCAACUGAUUCUGGUGAUUGUGUUUUUUUUGAUGCAGUUGAUCAUGGCAUCUUACCUUUUAGUUUGGAACAGUGGGUGGAUUUUCAAUUAUUUGCUUUUUUCUCUAGUUCUAGCUGUAAUGUUUAGCCUUUUUUCUGCUGAAGCAUUAAGAUUACUGUCUUUAUGUUGAAACUAUUUUUAUGUGUAUAUGUAUUUUAGAAAGAAAUAAACAUGUAACAUUUCAUUUAAGAUGAAAAGUUUUGAGUUUUCCUUUAGUGUAUGUUGUGCCUUAUAUUUGAACCCAGUAGAUGGUGGUACUACACCUGUACUGGUUGUAGCCACUGUGGUUCCUGUAACUGAUAGGUUGCCGGUUCAAACUUCCCACAUCCAUCUCAGUUGUUGAGUCCUUGAGCAAGGCACCAAACCUGCCUUGCCUGCUGUUAGUCAGAAGUCCGAUGGCGCCGAUUGUGUAGCAGCUUCUGUCAGUCUGCCCUAGGGCAGCUGGGCUACAAUGUAGCUUACCACCAUCAGCAUGUAAAGCACUUUGGCAUCCUCUGCACUAGAUAAAUCGCUAUACAUACAUUUACCAUUGACUAAACACUUGCAUUUUGUCUUUUUGUUGUGUUUUGUAUUAAACUUGUCCUGUCUGACAGUGUGACACUCAGCAUUGUCGAGUACCAAGGUUAAGCCCUAAAGACUUGCACAAGUGGACCAUUAUGGCUUCCCCCUGAUAUAAUUACAUGAAACUUUAUUAGAAACUGCUUUGGGUUUAUUUUAUUAAAUUGUAAUGAAACGGAGAAGAAAGCAGGAGAGAAAAGAAAGGUGAGAAAAAAGUUUUAUAGGGGCCCCCUCCUCUCACCCAACUUGAUAUAAAGGUGAUCACAGAGAGGAGGGAGCCAGAGACCAAACCUGACAGACAGACCAGGCACACAGAGACAAGAUCCCAUGUUCCCAUUCUCAUGUGUA